UUCGGCCGCCGUUGAGCCUCCUCCGUCUUUUCGCCGAGCGAGCGCGGUGGUGGUGGAAGGGCCGCUAUGAGCAGGAGCCAGCAGCGCAUCCACUUGGAACAGCAGGGUUCACAAGCUCCUAAUGGUAAGCUGCCAGAAAUCUCGUGCAUCCCUGAAUGCAGACCUGUCAUUUCUCAGCCACCAAAGGAACAAAAAUUGCCAAUCCUAAAAUCUGACCAAAGAUUCCUGGAUAAAAAAGUCUCCGGAAAAUCAUUUGGGGGUCACCUUUUCGAGAAUAGUUGGAAACAUGCAGUGAUAAAGACAAAAAGGAUAAAACAAGCAGAAUAUACAUCUGCAUAUGGCUUGAGAGACUCUGAUGAAAAUGCUGCAAUGCCAAGUCUUGCUCAGGCAAUACCAAACCCCUCUCCCGUUGCACAGAAGACACAAGGUGCUGCUCAUUUAUUUCCAGACAGCUGUUACAGUAAUGAUGACCCCGGUUUGCCACCUUUUGUGCUUCCGCGUACUUCAUCACAAUACUUUAUUGAAAGCUGCUACAAAAGCAGGGGAGAUACAGCCAUGGGGGAUGCUUAUAAAAGAGGGUCGUUUACUUGGAAACCAGGCCCUCUGAAGACAUCCGGUAUGCAUGGUGGAGCUGGAGAAUUAGGUGCUGUAAGGUUGAAGAAGUAUAAUCGGUGUUCCAGCCUAAUUUCAUUUCCAGAAGGAUCCAAAUUCAAGCCUGGUUACCAUUUCACAGACCCUGUCACUGGAGCUCCUCCUCAGUUCCUCCAGCGGCUUUCUCAACUGGCUGCAUUGGAAUGUGAAACCAUACAUCAAGAGAGAACAAGAAGACUCAGGAAGGCCAAGAGACAGAUGAUGUAAACAACGUACCAGGAAAGGAACAGGCUCCUUUGAAAUCAUGUAAAGUUUCUUGUUCACGUCUAUCUAAUUCUUUCACAAAUACUAUGUUGAUCAGCAAACCUCACAAUUAAGGGAAAAGGGGAAAUAUGUGAUUAAUAAAGCUUUUUUAUGUUUGUA